AUGCGACGCACGCCAUGGACCGCCGCGCUUCUGGUCUCGCUGUCGCUCGCGGGACUAGCCACAGCUCGCAAGACCUUUGCUAAUUAUUCCGCCGCCGAAGUACCUCUCGACCUGUUCUCGCUGUACGACGACCGACCCGAUGGCUGUCCGCCAUGCUUCAACUGCAACCUCGACGACUUUCAAUGCCAUCAGUUCGCUAAAUGCGUUAAAGGGAACGGAAAGUGCGACUGUACGCCUGGCUUCGGAGGAGAGGACUGCUCAACGCCACUGUGUGGCGCGCUGCCAGAUGGCAACCGGAACAGAGCCCCAAGAAGUGGCGAUAAGUGCGAAUGCAAAGAGGGCUGGGGAGGCAUCAACUGCAAUGUCUGCCAAACGAACCAAGCAUGCAACGCCAUGAUGCCCGAAGGCAAGGGUGGUAUCUGUUUCAAGGAAGGCCAGCUGGUCAAAGAGAACUAUCAGAUGUGCGACAUCACCAACAGGAAGAUCCUGGACACGCUCAAAGAUAAGAAGCCUCAGGCGACCUUCUCCUGCAACGCUGAAACCGAAGAAUGCAAUUUUCAAUUCUGGGUCGACCAGAAAGAAUCCUUCUACUGCGCCCUCGAUACCUGCAGCGCAGAUUUCCAAGCCCUUCCCGAUCGUAACAUUUCCAAAUACAACUGCGACAACAUCAAAUGCGCCUGUGUGCCGGGCAGGAUGCUCUGCGGAGAAGAGGGCUCCAUUGACAUUGGAGAUUUCCUCAAGGAGUCUAUAAAAGGCCCAGCCGAAUUCAAGUCGGUCUCCUCCGUGGAGCCCAGCGAGGAUAGUGGCAGCAUCUUUUCGGAACCUGCCAUGAACGAUCUGAUCUCCAGCGUCUUCGGCGACGAGAGCAUCUUCCUCAAGUGCAACGCUGGGGAGUGUCUUUAUGAGACCGAAGUACCCGGAUACGAAAGGCCAGUCAAGGUUAUCAAUACUCCACUGAUUGCCGGUGUUAUUGCAGGAUGCGCUUUGUUUAUCGUGGCUGUCGUCCUGGUGAUCUGGUAUCUUGCCCGAAGAGCCGAAAAGCGGAAAUGGGGCCCGAUCCACCUGUCCGACGACGAGGAAGACGAAAAUGCGAAACUCUUGGCCGACCACAAACCCGCUUCGUUGACGUUUGAAGAUGUGUCCUACCGACUGAAGGGCAAACAGAUCCUCACCGGCAUCACCGGUGCUGUACAUCCAGGAGAACUCCUGGCUAUCAUGGGUGCCUCAGGCGCUGGCAAGACAACCUUCCUCGACAUCCUUGCUCGUAAGAACAAGAUUGGUGUCACAGGAGGGCAUUCUUACCUCAAUGGAGAGCAGGUCCGCGAUGACGAGUUCCGCAGUGUUAUCGGGUUCGUGGACCAAGAGGACACCAUGCUGCCUACAUUAACUGUACACGAAACGAUUCUGGAUUCGGCAUUGUUGCGCCUUCCUAAAGAGAUGAGCCGCGCAUCAAAAGAGCAGCGUGCAGACGAUGUGGAGCGCCAACUAGGUAUUCACCACAUUCGUCACCAGAAGAUCGGAUCUGAAGAAAGCGGUCGUGGUAUUUCGGGUGGUGAGAAGCGUCGCGUCGGAAUCGCCUGUGAACUCGUUACGUCACCCAGCAUUCUUUUCUUGGAUGAGCCAACCAGUGGUCUCGAUGCCUUCAAUGCCUUCAACGUGGUCGAGUGCUUGGUCAACCUCGUCAAGACCUACAACCGAACCGUUGUUUUCACCAUCCACCAACCCCGCUCUAACAUUGUAGCUCUUUUCGACCAGCUUAUCUUGCUUGCCAAAGGCAGGACCGUAUAUUCUGGGCCGUUCGAAGACUGCCAGGCCUAUUUUGAUAACAUCGGAUACACGUGCCCGCCUGGGUUCAAUAUUGCCGAUUACUUGGUAGAUCUUACCAUGCACGCCAGUGCCAUCACGCAUUCUAUAGAUGAUGAUAACUCGCUCUUCUCAAGACAAGGCCUGGGCACAAGGGCAAGCAGUGCCAUUGCAGUCAAAUCCAUCCGAAGUGUUAACACCGAUUUGGACACGGUGGGCAGCCCCAGCGUUUCCAGUAUUCGACCGAACGGCAAGCGCAGGACAUCGAUUAAGCAACAACAGGAGCGUGAGCUCUUCACUAGGAAGAAGAGCACAGCUGUGAAUGACGGUACGACGUCCCCCAAAUCUGACGAUGGUGGCCCCUAUCAACCUCGCGAGGGUAGUAAUGGUCAGUGGCUAAAACUUUCGCGUCAACAAGGUGCUGCGCCUCCCCAGAUCCUAGAAGAUCCGGACGAGCUGCCCCCUCCGGCCGAUGACGGGACAGGAACGAAUCUGGAUACGCUUGUGCACGCAUAUGCGGCCUCAGAUGUGGCUGCUGCUCUACGCCAAGAUAUCGCCAGUGCCAUUUCAUCAGCUAACGAGGCGAAUGGCAACACCGGUGAUAGCCACCAUGCCAAUGGUUUCGUGGCCGCUGGUAAAGUCAGAGGCUUCCGGAAAGUUGGACUGCUUGGCCAAUUCAUCAUCCUUUCGAGACGUACCUGGCGCAACCUCUACAGAAACCCGAUGCUCAUGUUGACGCACUACGCUAUCGCAAUUGUUCUCGCCGUAUUCCUAGGGUUCUUAUUCUUCGGUCUGACCGACGAUAUAAAGGGUUUCCAGAACCGUCUGGGUCUCUUCUUCUUCGUGCUGGCACUAUUCGGUUUCAGCACCCUCACUGUUCUCACGGUCUUUGCACCUGAGCGACUACUCUUCACGCGUGAACGAGCGAAGGGCUACUAUUCGCCACUUUCUUACUUUGCUUCCAAAGUCUUCUUCGACAUUGUACCACUACGCUUGAUCCCGCCAAUCAUCCUCGGUAUUAUCGUCUAUCCGAUGACCGGACUGGUUCCUAAGUGGCCCGAGUUCCUCGUGUUUGUUCUGUUCUUGGUUUUGUUCAACCUAGCAGCCGCGGCUGUCUGCUUGUUCAUCGGUAUCGUCUUCCGCAACGGAGGAGUCGCGAAUCUCAUCGGCGUACUUGUUAUGCUGUUCAGCUUGCUCUUCUCUGGAUUCUUCUUGAACAAGGACAGUAUCCCUCCGGCGGCGAAGUGGUUACAAACCCUCUCUAUAUUUCAUUACGCGUUCGAAGGCCUCAUCGUCAACGAAGUCAGAUACCUCUCGCUCGUCGAUCACAAAUACGGCCUUGACAUUGAAGUCCCUGGCUCCGCAAUUCUGAGCUCAUUCGGCUUCGACGUACUCGCGUGGAAGAAGGACUGCAUCGGCCUCGCCGUUUUUGGUGGUGCCUUUGUUGUACUAGCAUACCUUGCCAUGCACAUACUGCUCGUAGAGAGGCGGUAG